UUUGGUGGUACAUUGAUAGCUAGUUCAACAUACAAGAUCUGUUUAGCUAAUCCAUCAGCCACAACAUUCCUCUCACGGGAAAUCCAUACAAAAGAGAUAAUCUCAAAAGAGUUUGCCAAAGAGAGAAUAUCAGAAACAACACCAUAAAAUUCAGAGUUUUGAAGCUCCAAAUUUAAAAUCUUCACCAGAGUCGCCGAGUCCGACGCACACCGGAUACGAGAGAUGCCAAGCUCCUGACAUUUCAGAAGAGCUUCCCGAAUUGCUAGACCCUCAGCCAUCAAAGGGGACCUGACGUGCGAGGCUGGCAUAGCAAAAUAUUUCAACAAAACUGUUUCAGAACGUCUUCUAAAACAUGUGUUUGGUCUGAGAAAAACAUUGUUUUCGAACGUUCGAAUUCUAUUAGCCGUUUGGGUUACACAAAGAAAAAAAAUAACAAUUCAGAGAGAAGAUAUUGUUUUGAGGAUUGGCAAUGGGUGAAUCUGCAGUUUUGUUUCAUUCACAUUCGUUCGCAGCUCCUCUUUCUCGUCAUGAAUCUCAUCAGAAAGUUUACAAAUUUGGGUUGCAGGAUAAUACUAUGCAUGCGCUUAGCCAAUCAGUCUCCUUUGGUAGGUUCAUGACAGAGAAUCUUGAAUGGGGAAAAUGGUCAAGCUUCUCGCACAAGAAGUAUGUCGAUGAAGCUGAGAAAUAUUCUCAACCUGGAUCUGUUGCUCAGAAGAAAGCUUUCUUUGACGCUCAUUACAAGAAAAUAGCUGAGGCAAAGAAAGCAAAAGCUGCUUCAGAUGACUCAAAACAAGAACAACAACAACCAGAAAGUGUUGCGGCGUUGCUAAACACUUUGGAGACAUUGACUAAAGAUGAGGUUAAAGAAGAAGAAGAAGAGAUUGGUGAAACAGAGUUAGUCCUGGGUGGUGAAGAGGUGGUUUUGAGUACUGAGAAAGAUGAAGUAGAACCCGAAAGAACGAGUGUUGUUGUGGUCUUGGAACAAGAAGACACUGUGGUUGAUAACUCUGUGAUUGCAGAUGAUUUACAGGCUGUUCUUGAAGUGCUUGAUGAGAAUCACACAGAGGAUGUAGAGUUGUUGAAGAAGAUCUCUUCUGUUGAAGAAAAAGAAAAAGAGAGAAAAUCUGUUACCAAGAACUCACCGGUGUCUAUGGAUCCAUCAGAAGCUCCAGAGAAAGCAAUGGAGCUUGUUGUCUCACAGAAAAUAAGUGAAAAAACAAUAACUCAUAGUUCCAUGAAGAAGAACAAAUUCAGUUUCUUGAAGCUUUUGAUGGGAAACACUAAAACUCAAGAUCAGAACCCAAAGAGAAAGUCCGUUAAGAAACCGAACAAAAUGUUUCUAUGUCUUUGCUUCAACCCUGAGAUGGUGGGGGAAACAGAAGGGCCAAACAAAACACAGAGGAAGAAUCUAUGAGAAUAAAAGAUAGAUUCUUCUCUGUUGCCUUCAAAGCUCUUAGAAAGAUCUGUCCUCAGAUUCCAGUAUGGUAGAAAAAUAGAAUCUUUGAGUGCACAGUGGCAAAAAAAAAAAAACUGGGAUACCAGAAAAAAGUUUGCUUUAUUUUCUUGUAUUGUAUAUCUAAUGAACAUUUUGUUGUAUGUUUGUUUUACAUACUCAUAUUGAUAUAUUUGUUUGUGUUGUUGUUCAUUAAGAUGUGAGUGCAGGAGCCUCUGUUCUGAUU